GCCCCUUCACCAAAAAGGGCACGGGUUGAAAAGAUUGUUGAUCCUGCCCCUCAGUUGGGCAGUUCGUCGACUCUGCUCUUAGAUGAUCCAAUGAUCAAAGAGCUUCUUCGGAUCGGGUCCCAAUUUGUUGGGUACCGUGAAUAUGCCGCCAGAGCCGAAGAAAAACUUUCAGAGGCCAACGAACGUGUCGACGCACUUGCUCAAAAACUCGAGCAAAGUGAGGCGGCUCGCAAGAAAGCUGAACUUGCUGCUAGCAAAGCUAAGGCCGAGGUUGAUGAAGCCAAGGUGAAAGCUGCUAGUGUCGAGGAACUGCAGAGAAGGCUCAAAGAUGCCGAAUCUGCCUUAGAUGAGCAGAAAACUGCACAAACUGUGCGUGAACAAGAGAUCAUCAAGCGUCUGAAGUCGCAAAGUCGACGUACGCUGAGUAAUAUCAUCAACCCCUUCUAUUGUACUUCCUGUUUCUUGGUUUUUGACUAAUGGUUCUUUG